GGUGGGGGGCGGGCCGGGGGAAGGGCCGGGGCGGGCGCGGGCGGCGGCGGCGAUAGGCUGCGGCCGUGCGGGGCGUCGCCAUGCUGCUGCUGGCGCUGGGCGCCGCGCUGCUGCUGGCGGGCGGCGGGCGGUGUCUGCUCCCCCGCCUCCUCCUCCUCCUCCUGCCGCGGCGGGCCCGCCGCGCCCUGCCCGCUGAAGGGAAGGCGGUGCUAAUAACAGGCUGUGACAAAGGUUUUGGACAUGCCUUGGCAAAACUGCUCCACUCAAAGGGAUUUACUGUUUUUGCUGGAUGCUUGCAAGUGGACAAGAAUGGAGAUGGAGCCAGGGAGCUGAAGAACAUGAAGUCAGAUCGCAUGCAAGUGCUACAGAUGGAUGUGUGCAGUGACCAGGAGGUGGCUCAGGCUGUGGAUUUUGUGAAGAGGACCCUGAAGGAGCCAGAGGAAGGUCUGUGGGGCCUGGUGAACAAUGCUGGCAUCUCAACCUUUGGAGAGGUGGAAUUUGCGAGUUUAGACAACUACAAGGACGUGGCAGAGAUCAACCUGUGGGGCACCGUGAGGGUGACAAAGGCUUUCCUGCCCCUCAUUCGCCGAGCUAAAGGCCGUGUGGUGAAUAUCACAAGCAUGUUGGGACGGAUGGUGAGCCCGUCUCGCUCCUGCUAUUGCAUUUCCAAGUUUGGGGUGGCAGCCUUCUCUGACUGCCUCCGGCAGGAGAUGUACCGCUGGGGUGUCAGAGUCAUCCUCAUUGAGCCCAGUAACUUCGUGGCAGCGACAGGCAUCCUGACGGCGGACGGCAUCGACAAGCAGGCUGAGGCACUGUGGAGCGGAGCCAGCGACACUGUACAGGAGGACUAUGGGAGGGAGUAUUUCACUCGCCAUGUGGCCCUGAUGAAGUCUUUCGUUAACAGUGGCCUGAAGGACAUGUCUCUGGUCUUGAAUGACAUCACUGAUGCACUCACUUCCCCGUGCCCGAACAACCGUUACAAUCCUAUGGAGACCUAUUGGUGGGUGAGGCUGCAAGUCAUGACUCACCUGCCCACUGCCGUUGCCGACUGGCUUUACAUCCCCGGAGCCACCCUGUAAAUGGCUGUCCUUCAGGCAUCCUUCCAGUGCUCAUACGUACGCACAGGUUAGAGCGGACUUAGCCUGUCUGCACCCACAGCUGAUGCGUUUCCCCUGCAGACACGUGUGCUUUCACUUUGGGUUACUCCUUCAUGUCUUGUGUUGUAGGAUGCUGAGAACAGCAUGGCAUUCUUGGUUUUUUUCCUAAUUCUUGUUCUUUGUGUUCUCUGCUGUCCUGAUUAAAGCCGAAAGGUGUUUUCCUUUUAACUGUGGAGGACGCAGAGGAAGGUUAACAUAAUGGGUCAAAUAUGUGGCUAGUGUAAUUAGGUCAGCAGAGUUCUCCCAGUGAUAAAUUUGGCUCAUUAAUGGGCUCUUGCUUUUCCUUACAAGGACAGGCUGCUCAUAGCAGAGCAAAGCUGUUGCUAUGAGAUGUCUCAAAGGGAGAAACUAAAAUGGGAAACAAAAGCAGAGUUUUCCAUUUGAUUGAAAAUGGGUCAGUCACAGUCUUCUGUUGUUUUCGUGAUACUGCUAGGAAGCUCUGCUGUGCUGUGACUGUCUGCUCUUUCCAGGAAAACAGCAAUGCUGCCUCUAAACAGCCUCAUUACCUAGCUUGGAGGGGUCAGAUCUCUGCAAAGAAGGGUUCUUCCCUCCCGGCACUGUGGCCAGGAGCUGCCAGAGCCAGCAACUGCAGACAGGCUGGGCAGGGAAAAGCCCCUCUAAUAAUGAGUGAAGUCUGAGCCAGGCUUGAAUCUGAUGUAGCAGGCAAAUUUGGCUCCUUUGCUACCUUGGGUACUGGUGCCUGAACUACUCAACUGUGGUACAGACACUGUCCAGCUGCCCCCCUACUUCCCUCCUGUCACUGCCCCGUGCUAGGCUCCCUGUUGCUAGCGAGGGAGCUGCUCUUGCUUUCCCAAACCAGUAUUUUGAUUUCAUCCUCUCUGCACUUGAACAGUGAUGGGGUACUGUGCAGCCAGCGUGGCCUGACUAUGAGCUCUGGAAGGGUGCUUAAAGUGACAUGUUUCCUCUUUUUUUUUUUUUUUAAUAUUGCACAAUGAAAUUUCCACGUCUCACACGAUUGUCUCCUCAGAGAACCUCUUGAUAACUGAUAUGAGCUACUUUUGCACAGUGUCCCCAAGGGUCUCUCCUGUUGGCUAUAUAGAGGGAUUUCAAUCGCUUUUCCAAGCGCUGGGGCUGCCUGGCUUCACGCCCUGUUCCUUCUGUCCCAGUGGUGACUGCUAGCAGAGCAGCCGGGACUGUGGGCACUGCUGGCCAGGCUGGGACCUCUCUAGGGACCAGCUUUCCCUUCCACUGCUAAACUUUGUUCUGUUUUGUCCUAUGUGAGAUUAAGUGCCUAUGAGAAGAGCUUAUCAUUUGCUCUUUCUUCAUCUGUCUGUGCUAGCUCUGACUUGGAAGCUGUGCCAUAAACUUUUUAUACGCUGCUGGCUGUAAACGCUUGGAGUCUGCAUGCAGCUGUGAAUGCUCUGUGUGAUGCCUGAGGAGGAAAGCAGGUUUCCCUUAGAGAUGCUGUGGAGGUAGCUUGUAUUACAGUAGUUACAGCUACUGGAAAUGCUGGCCGUGCAGUUCUUUUCUGUUUCAGAUUAUCGGCACAUGGAGAUUGCGUGGGAUCCGGGACUCAGAACAAUCCCCCUGAACUGCCGCUUAAGUAUUGUUGUAGUCACUUCUGCCCCCUGCACUGUGAAAUGUGAGUAAUGUCAAGUAGCACUGGUUUGCACAGAGAAAAAAAAUAAACUGUGAGAUUUGUAAAGCA